UUUGGUCAGUUAUUAUAAAUGUAAUUACCUAACUAUAACUAUGCACAGAUAGUUAAUCAUACGUGUAGGUAAGUUUACAACUGAAUUCUGUAGUUUUAGUUACAACUGCUUCAAAAAUGUCAACAGACAAAACAGUAGCAGUGACCAACGUGAAGUGUGGAAACUUUAGUGGCCAGGCACAUCUUGUUGAAGGUACUAAGCCAAGAAACAAAGAAGAUCUGAUAGACCUGGCUCAACAAAUACAACAAUGUGACUCAUCCAUUCAAGCUGCAGCUAGUAGCAAGUUAAGAACAAUAUUAGAUCAAAUGCGAAGCUUGCAAGAACAGGCAAAAAAAGUUCUUGAAGAAACCAAAAGAGAUGCGGAGCUUCAUCAUGCUGCUUGUAACUUCAAAAAAAUACCCGGCAAAUUAUAUUAUCUUUACCGUAGACCAUCAGGCCAGACCUAUUUUUCAAUGCUUUCAAAUGAGGAGUGGGGAGCAAGUUGCCCGCAUGAGUUUUUAGCUUGCUAUAAACUUGAAUAUGAUUUUACAUGGACAUUAUAUGAAGACAUAGAAAAACGAGAAGAAGAUAAUAUUUUAAUAUUGAAACUUAUAAACCAACAAUUUCAACCUUCAUUGACUUAUGAUAAUUAAAACAUUUGUAUUAGUUUAUGGUGAUUUUAAUUUUCUGUGGAAAUUAUAUAUACUGAUGCCGUGCAACAUUUAUUAAACUGCACAUUUUGAUAAAAUUAUUUAGCAAAACGGGAUUCUGUGUUGUUAUUGUUGCAGAUUUAGGAAAUUUUAUUUAUUUAGUGUAAUGGAUCUGUGAAAAAGUCUCCAAUUUUAUAAUUUAAUAAUUAUAUAUUCCAUGUUUUGUGUCUAUCAAUUUUGUGUGUAUAAUUUUUUGUUAUAAAACUGUUGGUAUUAGAACGGUGUAUAGAAUUCGGGUUUUGCAGCGAAUGUAUAUAUGAGCUGUUAUAUUAAGUAUACUACGUUAUUUAACUCAUUAGCCAUAUUGGAUAAUUUAACUUUUACGCCUAGAAGUAUUUUAUGUUUUGUUUGCGGAGAUUAGGAAUCUAAAAAUUGUUUUGCAAUAUUCCAGUAGAGUUUAAUUCGUUAACUCGUAUUUAUCAACACUUGUUUUAUUACAAAUCGUACUAUGCAAUAUUAGAAACAUAACGUAGCCCGUUUUCACUCAAGUUAUUAAAACCUUGUUUUGUUAUUUAGA